CCGCUCCUCCUCCUCCUCUUCCUGGGUUCCUCCGCCGCUGCCGGCCGGCUGCGCGCUCUGCUCUUCCAGCACUGCGGACCACAGCAACCAUGGCCGACAUCAAGACGGGCAUCUUCGCCAAGAACGUGCAGAAGAGACUCAACCGCGCGCAGGAAAAGGUCCUCCAGAAGCUGGGGAAAGCUGAUGAAACAAAAGACGAACAGUUUGAAGAAUAUGUCCAGAAUUUCAAACGGCAAGAGGCAGAGGGUACCAGACUGCAGCGAGAACUCCGGGGAUAUUUAGCAGCCAUCAAAGGCAUGCAGGAGGCAUCAAUGAAGCUCACUGAGUCACUGCAUGAAGUCUACGAGCCAGACUGGUACGGACGGGAAGAUGUAAAGAUGGUUGGUGAGAAAUGUGAUGUGCUGUGGGAAGACUUCCAUCAAAAACUCGUGGAUGGGUCCUUGCUGACACUGGACACCUACCUCGGCCAAUUUCCUGACAUAAAGAAUCGCAUUGCUAAGCGCAGCAGGAAGCUCGUGGAUUACGACAGUGCCCGCCAUCACCUGGAGGCUCUGCAGAGUUCCAAGCGUAAGGAUGAGAGCCGGAUCUCUAAGGCAGAAGAGGAGUUUCAGAAAGCACAGAAAGUGUUUGAAGAGUUCAAUGUUGACUUACAAGAAGAGCUACCGUCAUUGUGGUCAAGACGAGUUGGCUUUUACGUCAAUACUUUCAAAAAUGUCUCCAGCCUUGAAGCCAAGUUUCACAAGGAAAUUGCUGUGCUUUGCCACAAACUCUAUGAAGUCAUGACGAAACUGGGUGAGCAGCACGCUGACAAGGCCUUCAGCAUUCAAGGAGCGCCCAGUGAUUCAGGUCCUCUUCGUAUUGCAAAGACACCGUCACCCCCAGAGGAGCCUUCACCCCUGCCCAGUCCAACGGCUAGUCCCAACCACACACUAGCACCUGCAUCUCCUGCCCCAGUGCGACCCAGAUCACCUUCACAGACAAGGAAAGGGCCUCCUGUCCCACCUCUGCCUAAAGUCACCCCAACAAAGGAGCUGCAGCAGGAGAACAUCAUCAAUUUCUUUGAGGACAACUUUGUUCCAGAAAUUAAUGUGACAACACCUUCCCAGAACGAAGUCCUGGAGGUGAAGAAGGAGGAGACUUUGCUGGAUCUGGACUUUGACCCUUUCAAGCCCGAGGUGGCUCCUGCAGGUUCCGCUGUGGCGACACACUCACCCAUGUCUCAGACGUUGCCCUGGGACUUGUGGACAACGACAAGCACUGAUUUGGUACAACCGGCUUCUGGGGGUUCAUUUAAUGGCUUUACGCAGCCCCAGGACACUUCUUUAUUUACCAUGCAGGCAGAUCAGAAUAUGGUAGGUGGUUUGGCUGAAACUGAACAGGCUCUAUCCACAGAGCCCCAAGCAGAGGAGCCUCCUGCCACGGCUGCUGCACCUGCUGCUGGGCUGGACCUUGGACUAGAGAUGGAGGAGCCAAAGGAGGAGGCAGUGAUCCCUCCAGGAACAGAUGCUAAUGAGACUGUGGAAACUACAGUGCCCACUGAUGGGGAAGCAGAGGCAGAAAAGUCAGUCAUUCCUGCUGAAGAAGGAGAAAGUCUAGAGGGAUCCAAAAUAGAUGCUGAAGGCCCUGAGGUUGCAAGCGGCCAGAGUCCUCAAACAGCAGAGCCUGAAUCGGCUGCUACUCAGGAGAAGGUCAUCCCUUCUGUUGUCAUUGAGCCAGCCUCCAACCAUGAAGGGGAAGGAGAACACCUCGACACCACUGUGGGUGCCGAAACGAGGGCGGCCACUGAGGAUGUGGCUCCUCAAGGCCCAGCGGGGGAGAAGCAGGACCUGGCUACAGAGCCCACGCCUCUGGAUUCUCAGGCUGCUGCACCUGCGCUGGCAGGGGCUGUGGAUUCCUCGCUGUCCGCAGGGGAUGCUGCUCAGGAACUGCCUCCUGGCUUUCUCUACAAGGUGGAAACCCUGCAUGAUUUCGAGGCGGCAAAUUCCGAUGAGCUUACCCUGCAGAGGGGUGAUGUGGUGCUCGUGGUCCCCUCAGACUCAGAAGCCGACCAGGACGCAGGCUGGUUGGUGGGAGUGAAGGAGUCAGACUGGCUUCAGCACAGAGACCUGGCCGCUUACAAAGGCCUCUUCCCAGAGAACUUCACCCGACGCCUGGAGUAGGGCUGCGGAUGGUGCAAAAAAAAAAAAAAAAAAAAAAAAAGAGUCACGUGACUGGGUUUUUAAACCUUCGUGAAAUGCGGAAGAGUUCACUUUUGCUACUACACUCUUAACGAUUGACAGACUGGUGCCAGAUAACCCUUGGGAAGACGGAUCAAUAGAAAAUGUAUGAAAAAACUGUAAGAAGGGGAAAUAGCAAAUUAAGGGGGGGAAAAACCCUUAUUUUGUUCCCUGUGUUCAAUAGAGGUUGAUUUGUGCUUUGUCAAACUGUGAACACUGGUACUCGAUCCCCCCUCCCACCAAGUCUAAAGUAGCUUUCUCCAGACGGGACAUUGACUUCUUUGCAUCAAGUGUGUGGUGUCCAGUGGCUGCCCUGCAGAUGUGAUGAGUUAUCUUGUAGAAAGACCGUCAUCUUACUUCCUUGCCCGGCGUGAGCACGUGCUCUCUUUCCCUUCCAAGUUUACCGCGUUUAAAACUAAACAGCUGCAAACAUUCUUAACCGUCUUCUCCCAUCACCUCUAUAUACAUACGUAUGGACGCACAGUCGCCCAAGCUAGUUCCCAUUGCCUGCCGGACCUAUGUGUAUGCAGAUGGCUACAUAUGCAUAGCUGAUCCCUUCCUUCCCUUUCCACUGUAGCUCUUCGCCUCUAAGUGUCAUCGAUACACGCAUUGCUCUUAUUCCGUCUGGCAUUACAGCUGCAGUUUUGCCUCGGUGCAAAACCACUCAUCCCAUUGCCAAAACAGCUGACAGUGUCUGUGUGUGUUGUGUGCCGUUUUCAGGAUGAUGUAACAGAUAGCACGUCCAUGCUGCUGCCCCUUUGGAGAGAGCGGGACCUGGCUGUGUGGCUGCCCAGCUGCUGCGUCCAGAUAAAUACAAGAUCCGGACCAGCAACUAUGCAGUCAUCACUUCUGCCUUUAUGUGAUUGGCUAGCCGAGGGAGGGGGGCAGAAGGACCUAUUUACAAAAAGCUCCUAUAUACUUCCACGUUAUAUUUAUGCAGCUCAUCUUCACAGAUCAUUCUAAAAUGAACGAGGUGAUGUAUGCCGUACCACAAACCAUCUGUAACAGUUGUGUUCUCAGUGCUGUGUCAUUCCAAAUAAACCUUUGGUAAUCUCCAAGUCACACUGA